AUGGCUUUGAUAAAGGAACGCGACAGAGGAUUUAGCAGCGCGCGGUUCGCGUCGCCAGUGAGCGACAUCAUCCAUGACAGCUUAAAUCCGCGCGGAAUCAGUUACAGCAACAGGUACAGCAGCGGCCGCGAUUCCCGGAGCAUCAGCACGGGCCGGAACGCUAUUGGCGCAAUCGAUCGGCACAUUCGUCGCUGCAGCCGCCACAGCAAUGAGAUGGAUAGCUCCGAGGUGCAUCCGCUGGAUAGACCAAGGUCGGGUCCGCUCGAAGCGGCACUUGACCUCUUCGAAUCGCAAGCGCGGCGGCCUCGACCUAGGCCAAGCACCAGCGGGGAAUUUGGCGGCGCACGGGACGGCGCGCACGAAAUAAGCGCCGCGGUCGGUGCUAUCGGAGGGAACACCGCAACAGGCGACUCGUUGCUCCAUCGCCGCCGCCUUUUCCGCCAUAACUCUGCGGCUUUCAUCCGAGCGCCGCCGCGAGCCGUCGGAUUCUUCGCAUCCCAGUCAUCCAACGGCUCGCCGUGUCCCUCGCCGUCCCCGACGGUCUCCGCGGCGGCUCUCGCGGCGCCCUCACCCACGAGCCGCUCGCGGCUUCUCCAGCGAUUGCGGGGGAAAAGCGAGUCCCCUGCGCGCGCGGACUCCGCGGCUGUCGCGCGGAAUCCAGGCGCAAUUCCACUGAGCCGCAGUGUUGACGAGUCGGCGCCAUUUCCGGCGGAGCAAGAGUCGCGCUCCGAUAUCACAAGGGUAAGAAGCGGGCGAAGCGGUGGGAGAAGGAUGCAGGCGACAAUGAGCGUUGCGAACACCGUCGCGAACAGCGUCGCGAGCAGCGCGAGCGACGCUGGAGCUAGUAAUGUCGCAAGCAUCCCGAGAAGCGGGAGCAGCAGCGGGAGCUUUCCCAGGGUUGCUCGCGUUCCUUCCAGUAGAAACGUCGCAAACGUCGCCGGUGUCGCCAGCGUCGCAAGCAUCGCGAGCCUCGCGAGUCUUGGCGGCGGCAGCAGCGAGUUCAGCGUGUCGACUAUCAAAAGCACUUUCGCGAGCGACGGCAGCGUUGCAUUCAGUCGCAGCAGCAGCAACAGCAGCCUGACGAUGAGCGCGAGCGUCGCGAAUUACAGCUGUAAUAGCGCGGCGACUGGUGCGACUUCAGUCGCAGCGUCGCUGUCCACUAGCGCGACAAGAGCGGAUGUGAUGCAAGCGGGCGUGAGCCUGAGAGACGCGGGUCGGCAGCAGGCAAUGCGAGGCAGUGGGGGACAGCGAGUCAAUCUUGGCAGGAGCAUGCCCGCCCUGCUUCAGCCCCGAAGCGGGGAGGAAGGGGAAGCGGAGCGUGGGGCGGAGAGUGUGGCGGAAGGGGAGGAAGGGGAGGAAGGGGGGGCGGAGGUCGCGGCGGUUUGGGGUGCAGCGGAGGAGAGUGAGGAGUGGGGUGACCUGGAGGAGUUUGCUGACGUGGAGUGUGCCAACUGGCAAGAUAUUUCGGCCAUCUGCCACGCCAGGGACGCUGAGGGAGUCAAGCUGCUUUUUGUCGACAUCUUCGUGGCUGACGUCACAGCAGGCCUUCCUGACGUGGCAGGCAGCGGCAACGCGCAGCAGCAGGAGCCUCCCUCUCGUUCUCGUUCUCAGAUUCACGCUCCUUCUGCGGAAUGCGCGCGAGAACCAGCCGCAGCUGAUGCUGCCGACCCUUCAUCCCACCAGCAUUCGUCGCACAAACAUUCCUCGCACAAGUCAUUGGAGAAAGAGGUUCUCUCCGAGCUCCUCUCCAUAGCUGACAUUCCCGUCGCGUCGCACAAGUCGUCAUCGUCGUCGCACCACCAUUCCCGUCGCCAUGCGGCGCCGGCGACCGUCGUCGACCCAAUGCACCUCAAGACGGCGUCGCAGCACCUGAAGGCAGCGCGACAGCAGCAGAUAGUGGAAUCAGACGCCUCGGAUUCUGCGACGGGUUCGUCUCCGCCAAAGCAAAAGAUUCGCAAUCGGGUUGCUGCGAGUACGAACGCGAACGCGACGCUGGACAGCUUCUUGACGACGUCUGGUAACCAGGCCGAUGGCGAAAACCCCACUUCGGUUGGAGACAACGGGGUUACAAAUGUUUCGGGGGUAGAAGACAUGAUGUUUCCUUCUUAUUCCGGCCAUGCGAAACCGGAUCAAGUCGCCGAAGCUGUCGCAGAUGUCACAGGGCUGAAGAUUCAAGACGCCACAAGCUCAGCGACAAGCGAAAACGACGCGCCGAAAGCGGAUACCAGCGAGAAGAGUGAGAUGAGAAAAAGUAACAGCGUGAGCGCCUUGGAAAAUGCGGUCAAGAAGCCGCACCCGCGGGGUGCGGUGAAUGUCGAAACGUCGGAAGUUCUUGCUGCAAUGCGCGUCUGGGGUGCGAACAGAGGAGCGGCGAACGCGGCGGGGAAUGCGGACUCGGUAUUCAUGCAGCCGUAUCAAGGUAGCAAUUACAGCAGCUACAUCGACGACCACAAAACUUCGCCGAGGGUUUCGUCGGACGCUCCUGCUCGCGAAGAGCCGGUGAAACUGGAAAGAUCGCGCUCGAAAAGUUACCCCGAGUUGGCAGAGCUGGCGAAAUCGGCAGCUGUUCCGAAGAUCAAACCGCUCGGCGGAGUGCGGACCGGGGAGAAAUCAGGGGGAAAAGCCGCGGUUAUGGAUAAGCUUGGAGUUGGUCAAGAGGAUUCGGAAUAUGCAGAUACGGAAUAUUUCGGCUGGCUCUUGUCGGGAGGGUCUAAGUUUGCCAAGCCUGCGAGCACGAGGCAAGGUCAGGAGCAGCCUCCGAGCCAGUAG